UUCCUUCUGCGGCUGAAAUGAGAGGCGCGUCAGAAUGGUGGUGUGAGCGAACUGCCGGCAGUGGAUAAUAGAGUGUCCUCCUCCUUUUUCUUCCCAUCAUCUUCUACACAAAUGGCUACAAAUUUCUGCCCCCUCACGAGCUUCUUUCCCCAAUCAACGAGUCCCCAGCAAUGGCGAAGUCGCCGCCAUUUUUGCCCUUCUCCUCCUUCCAAAAGCAUCAGUCUCUUUCAUGCCCCGCCUCCUCCUCCUCCUCCUCCUUCUUCUUCUUCUUCUUCUUCUUGCCUGCGAGGCCUCUGCGGCGGCGUCUUUUGUCGCGCAGCCGCCGGGGCGGGGUCGAAGGCCGUCGCCAGCGACGCCGAGCUUGCAGCCGAUCCUGGACAAGAUCGCCUGUUGAAGGUUCCAAUAUCAAAUAUCAGAAAUUUCUGCAUUAUUGCGCACAUUGAUCAUGGGAAGUCAACUUUAGCAGACAAGUUGUUGCAAAUAACCGGCACGGUACAGAAAAGGGAGAUGAAAGAGCAGUUCCUAGAUAACAUGGACUUAGAAAGAGAGAGAGGAAUCACUAUUAAGUUGCAGGCAGCUCGGAUGCGUUAUAUUUUAAACAAUGAGCCAUACUGCCUCAAUUUAAUUGAUACACCCGGGCAUGUUGAUUUCUCAUAUGAGGUUUCUCGUUCUCUUGCUGCUUGUGAAGGUGCUCUUCUAGUCGUUGAUGCUUCUCAGGGUGUGGAAGCUCAAACACUGGCUAAUGUUUAUCUGGCCUUGGAGAACAAUCUUGAGAUUAUACCUGUUUUGAACAAAAUAGACCUGCCAGGUGCUGAACCUGAUCGGGCUGCCAAGGAGAUUGAAGAGAUUAUUGGACUAGAUUGCAGUGAUGCAAUUCACUGCUCAGCAAAGGAGGGUAUUGGUAUAACCGAAAUUCUAAAUGCCAUUGUUACACGAAUCCCUCCUCCAAAAGACACUGCUGGAGGUCCUCUUAGAGCUCUUAUAUUUGACAGCUACUAUGAUCCAUAUAGAGGAGUUAUAGUUUAUUUUCGUGUUGUUGACGGGACUGUAAAGAAAGGUGACAGGAUAUAUUUCAUGGCUAGUGGAAAGGAUUACAUUGCUGAUGAAAUUGGAGUACUAUCACCCUAUCAGCUACAAGUUAAUGAACUUUAUGCUGGUGAGGUGGGGUAUCUUUCAGCUUCCAUAAGAUCAGUUGCAGAUGCCAGGGUUGGUGACACGAUUACUCACUAUGGAAGAAAGGCAGAGAGCUCUUUACCAGGAUACGCCGAAGCAACUCCGAUGGUUUUUUGUGGUCUCUUUCCUGUGGAUGCUGACCAGUUUCCUGAGUUGCGGGAUGCACUAGAAAAACUACAGCUAAAUGAUGCUGCUUUAAAGUUCGAACCUGAAACUUCUAGUGCGAUGGGUUUUGGCUUUCGAUGUGGGUUCCUAGGUCUACUACAUAUGGAAAUUGUUCAGGAAAGGCUUGAGAGGGAGUACAACUUGAAUUUGAUAACUACUGCACCAAGUGUGGUUUACCGUGUCAAUUGUGUCGAUGAUGAGAUAGUUGAAUGCUCAAAUCCAUCUUUACUCCCGGAACCUGGAAAGCGUAGGUCAAUUGAAGAGCCAUAUGUUAAGAUAGAAAUUCUUACACCAAAAGAGUAUAUUGGCUCUCUUAUGGAACUUGGUCAAGAUAGAAGAGGUGUAUUCAAAGAGAUGAACUAUAUCACAGAGAAUAGAGCUUCAAUUAUUUACGAGUUACCACUAGCAGAGAUGGUUGGAGACUUCUUUGAUCAGCUGAAGUCUAGAAGCAAGGGAUAUGCCAGCAUGGAGUACUCACUUAUCGGGUACAGGGAAAGUGAUUUGGUAAAGCUAGACAUUCAGAUUAAUGGUGAGCUUGUGGAGCCGCUAUCAACAAUUGUUCACAAGGACAAGGCAUACUCUGUUGGGAGGGCUUUGACUCAAAAGCUAAAAGAACUUAUUCCCCGACAGAUGUUUAAAGUACCUAUCCAGGCAUGUAUCGGUUCCAAGGUGAUUGCUAGCGAAUCUUUGUCGGCCAUUAGGAAGGAUGUUCUUUCAAAAUGUUAUGGAGGAGACAUAACAAGGAAAAAGAAGCUACUAAAGAAACAGGCUGAAGGAAAGAAAAGAAUGAAAGCAAUUGGGAAGGUUGAUGUACCCCAAGAAGCAUUCAUGGCUGUGUUAAGGCUGGAGAAGGAGGUGAUAUGAUUUCGACGUCCCGAUCCUUUAUCAUUGUGAAGACCUAAUUGAAGCCUUUCUCUUUCGGUUCAAACAAAGUAAAAUUUCGACAAGGAACGACUUCAAUAUUCCGAAUGUAAUGCUAUCUGCAAGGAUACUGGGCAUGGAGCUAUUCGAGAAGUGGCAUCUUUUUGUCCAAGUAAAUAUCAGUUAAAACAAGGUAUGUCCCAGCAACAUUCAUUAAUUGCAUGAUAAGACAUGCUUGGGUGGAUGCAAAGUCUUGUAGAUUAUUUGUUUAAACAUGAGUACAUAGUUUUCCUUUUCCAAAUAAAUGUUCAAUUGCUUCUGCGGAUAUUGUUGCAAAUGGUCCAUUUUGUCAGUCUAAUUCUUACAAAGUCACUGCAUUAACAAGAUCAAAACCUUGGUCGGAGUUUGGGUUUCAUCACAAUUAGCCCCAUGUGAAUGUUCAGUGGCCACUAUCUUAUUGUAAAUGAAAUUGUUAGGUCGAUUGACCGAAAACUCGAACCACAACUCGCAGUCGAGUGCACCUAUUCCGGACAACCAUUAGGGCAAGGUGUAGGUCAUCCAGUUAUUGAUAGUAUUCACGGUGAUGUACUAUAUGUUAGCUUUUACUCUUCAAUAUCUGAUCAAUUCUAAACCUUGUAUUAUUGAGGGUAUGUUUGGGUGCCGGAACAACUUAUCUGAUGAUAUCUUUUUGCAAUAUUUGGACUCAAACCAAGGGUCUGUUUGGACGUCGCAAUAAGUUAUCUAAAGAUACUCUUUCGGCGUGACGAUUUCUAAUAUGAUUGUAUGAAAGAACUUUGAUUUUUUCUUUUUC